UGAGGAUGCUCUUACCCAUUGAAUUUUUCAGCAAGACCAAUGGUAUAGGAAAAGUGCUCAAUUCCCGAYGGUCGCUGUUGGUCACCAGCUCAUGUUACCUAUUGUCCCGUUCGACGCUCCUGCCGAAAGUCUCGCAGGCUUAUCAGCGUGCUCUAGCAAKCGCCGGCAGGUUGUGUUGACACAACAACAACCUGUCGGCGGGAAGGAGACAAUUAUUACUUACCUGAGGCGUUCGGUCGGUGGGUCAUCGGGAAACAUUCCGAAGAAGAAGGUGGUCGCCGGACCUCCUUCGAAUCUUCCGGUGAGCUCGCGUGUUGGUGCCAGCUCAUGCUCGCGGGACACCUCUSAACGUCGAAUGGACGAGGAGUCAAACGAAGAGACGAAGGAUGAUGCACGGGUUCGGCAAGUGCGUUCCCGGUUGAUAGCGACGCCAGGGUACAUCCAAGGCGAAGGCUCUUGCGAUGUGAAUGAGCGGCGACAAAGUGGUGGAGGUGCCGAAGCUCGGGUAAGGGACGAUGGAGAACACGACGAGGAUGAAGGGGAGUGUGGUAUUGGCGAGCGGCGAGAACACGUUCGAGGAGCGGUUGACCAUAUGGAGUGGGAAAAGGUUGCAGUGAGCGGUGGGGUGGGCGGUGGCAGUGUCGGUGGUUCGGAAAUGGAAGACAAGGAAUUGGAAGACGAAGGAGGAGAUGCCGGUGUUUCCGCGGGGCUAACUUCCAAGGGGAAGGGAAAACRCACAGCGCAAUCRUCRCCRACGCCAGCUGCGCCUAAGAAGCAGGCUCGAAGGAAAGAUCUGGACGAAGCUYGGGUCGCCUUGGAUGCAUCUCAAGGGACGCUUGGUGAAGCCGAUGUGGAAUGCAAAUCAAGUUCUCAGGUUCGCAAAACGUCACAACCCAGGAAGUCCGUGCGGCCAUCAAGGUGCCARAAAUCGGACGACUCUAGCGACGAUGCUGAAGGGGUGGCCCCUAGCUUGCUCUCCCUACCUGACGACGACGAGCAGGCGACGAAGAAACCCAGUGCGGUCAAUAUGACGCAGUGCUUCUUCCUCGAGUACGACGACGACGACAAAAAGAGAAGAGACCCGCCGAGGGUGGUCAUUGCCGUCGUGCAGAUUCUUCCAAUUCCGGUGGGAGAUAUCGCCUUCAACCAACGAUCGCUGARCCCGGCCAUCGUUGCAGGCAUCGAAGAGGCAAUCGAUGCAUCAACUCGUCCAAGGUCCGAGGAUGAUCCGACUCCGUGGGAUCCACCAGGGUUGCUGCUGGCUCCGAUUACGCSAUCAAUGAACGAGAACAGCCAAGGGAUAMGCGYCCUUCCACAGGACUUCGAUCCCGAUAGGACAGAUAMGUAUUUCUAUUACCCGGUUGCUGGUCAACAUACUUCCGAAGMUAUGAAAAGAGCAGUGGYGAAUAAUUCUGCAGCAGUGGAGGUGUUCGGCUUUUGAAAUUAUGAUCGUGUGCGGAUCAUAUAUUUCGACGACGACCAUACGAACGGGUACGCGUAUGUUUCGAUAUACGACAACACGAGA